AUUAUUGUUAUUAUUUUUCCGGAAAAAAAAGACUCGCGAAUAAACAAUCAUUUUAUUUUUCACUGUUAUUUUAUUUUCCCUUAAAUAACACCUUCGAAUCUUUGAAAAAUCUAUUUCCGAUUCCCAAUAUCCUUCGCCACCUACAACAAUCGAAAGCCUCUAAUCUUCCUCAGUCCAUCUCUCUCCCUGGUUCGAACCCUCCAAUACCUAACAAACUGCAAUGAGAUGGAAGUUAGGAGAUCACUGCAACCCUAAUUUCCUGUUUGGUUUCUUGGAUUCAUUUUACGUGCUAUUGUAUGAAGCCUCCUUGGCUUGAUUCCGUAUUUUUCUGAUGAACUAAGGUUUUCCAUAAUUUUCCACGGUGAUCUCAAUAAUGGACGUUACAGAGAUAGAAGAAAAUUUGUUUGCAGCUACUGAUGCCAAGUUACAUGGAGAAAUGUGCAAGACACUCUCUGCGAUAUAUUGCAGAGUAAUAUCAAUUUUCCCUUCUUUGGAAGCAGCACGCCCAAGGAGCAAAUCUGGCAUUCAGGCAUUGUGUGCAUUGCAUGUAGCACUUGAGAAGGCGAGGAAUGUUCUUCAACACUGCUCAGAAUGCAGUAAACUAUAUCUGGCUAUAACUGGGGAUUCUGUUCUUUUAAAGUUUGAGAGGGCAAGAUGUGCACUUGAAGAUAGCCUCAGGCGUGUUGACGAUAUUGUCCCACAAUCAAUUGGAUGCCAGAUUCAGGAGAUUGUGAGUGAACUUGAGGGUACUGUGUUCUCGCUCGAUCCAUUAGAGAAGCAAGUUGGUGAUGAAAUUAUUGCACUGCUCCAACAGGGGAAAAAAUUCAACAACAGUAAUGACAGUAAUGAGCUAGAAUGCUUUCACCAGGCUGCUACUAGGCUUGGAAUAACUUCUUCUAGAGCAGCUCUUUCUGAGAGAAGAGCUCUCAAGAAACUCAUAGAAAGAGCUCGUGCGGAGGAAGACAAGAGGAAGGAAUCAAUUGUGGCUUAUCUUUUACAUCUAAUGAGAAAGUACUCCAAAUUAUUUAGAAGUGAGAUCUUUGAUGAUAAUGAUUCACAAGGUUCUACACCUUGUUCUCCCACUGUUCAGGGCUCUCUUGAUGAUGGUGGACCUGGUGGCAAUGGUCAUGCCUUUGAACGACACCUGUCAAAAGUUGGUUCUUUUAAUUUCAAGCCAAACAACAGGAGAUCAGGGCAGAUGCCGCCUGAAGAAUUGAGGUGUCCAAUAUCGUUACAGCUUAUGCAUGAUCCAGUGAUCAUUGCUUCUGGGCAAACAUAUGAAAGGAUCUGCAUUGAGAAAUGGUUUGGUGAUGGGCAUAACACCUGCCCAAAGACUCAACAGAACCUCUCACAUCUCUCACUGACCCCUAAUUACUGUGUUAAAGGUCUCAUUGCUAGUUGGUGUGAACAGAAUGGAGUUUCUAUUCCUGAUGGUCCCCCCGAGUCUCUUGACCUCAACUAUUGGAGGCUGGUGUUGUCCGAGUCAGAAUCUACAAAUUCAAGAGCUAUGGACAGUGUUGGGUCUUGCAAGUUGAAGGGGGUUAAGGUUGUUCCUUUAGAGGAGAGUGGUGUCAUAGAGGAGGCUGAAGGAAAUGAAACAGAUAGUUUGUCUCCUAAGCUGGAAGAGUGUGAGCUUGGUGUAUUGGAAAGUUACCAGAAUUUUCUGUCUAUCUUGGAUGAGGGGGAAGACUUGAGGGAAAAAUGUGUGGUGGUGGAGCAAAUAAGGUUGUUGCUGAAGGAUGACGAGGAGGCUAGGAUUUUUAUGGGAGCCAAUGGGUUUGUGGAAGCUCUUUUGCGAUUUCUAGGGUCGGCUGUGCGUGAAGGGAAUGCAAUGGCUCAGGAAAGUGGAGCCAUGGCUCUUUUCAACCUAUCUGUCAACAAUAGCAGAAAUAAGGAAAUGAUGUUUGCAGCAGGAGUAAUUUCAUUGUUGGAGGGGAUGAUCUCCAACCCCAAUUCCCAUGAAUCUGCCACAGCACUGUACCUGAAUCUGUCCUUCAUUGAAGGAGCAAAGCCUGUCAUUGGUUCAAGUCGGGCUGUCCCUUUCUUAACCCAGAUCCUUCUAACAAAUCCUGAACCCCAGUGCAAGCUUGAUGCCCUCUAUGCCCUCUAUAAUCUCUCCACUCUUCCCUCCAAUAUUCCGAAUCUCCUUUCAGCUGGCAUCGUCAGUGGUCUCCAAUCCCUUCUUGCAGCCUCUCGUGAUCACACGUGGGCGGAAAAAGUCAUUGCUGUCCUUGUAAACCUGGCUUCAUGUCAGUCGGGAAAGAAUGAAAUUGUAUCCGCACCUGGCCUUAUUAGUGGACUAGCAGCAAUGCUGGACAUUGGUGAACCUAUCGAACAGGAGCAAGCAACCUCAUGUCUCUUUAUUUUGUGCAAAGGAAAUGAGAAAUGCAGUCAAAUGGUUUUACAAGAAGGGGUAAUACCUGCACUGGUGUCAAUCUCAGUGAAUGGAACCUCGAGGGGGAGAGAGAAGGCUCAGAAACUUUUGAUGGUGUUUAGGGAGCAGCGACAACGAGACCAACCAACUACUGAGAUGCAUCAGCUGGCUGAAAAUAGUGAAAAGCCCAUGCCUGCCCUGGAAUCAAAUCCACUCUGUAAAUCAAUCUCAAGAAGAAGGAUGGGUAAAGCAUUUAGCUUCUUCCGGAAAAGCAAGAGCUAUUCAGUUUAUCAAUGUUAGGCUGUAUCUGUUGUAAAUUUCUUCCUUUUAAUUUCUUCUGUCCUGUUCCCAUGGGCAUCGCCUUUUGUUUUCAUAGAGAAGAGAUGUACAGCCCCUUGUAAUUUAUGGAAUUUUUGCCUCUUUUAA